GAGUUUUCGAGUCCCACGUCGGGGGAAGUGAGAAGGAAGGGGGAUGGGGAUUUGAUGAUUAUUAGCAUUAGUAGUUGUUAGUAGUUACAAGUUUCACCGGCUCUUCUGGGUAGGUAGGGGGAGUGAUCGCGUGUCAGCUCUUCAAGGCCGGUCAGCGACCUGGAGCCCAGUGCCGGAGCUCUCCAUGUGACCACCGGCCUUGCUUCGUCUGCUUCUGUGUGCUGCAAUUUCAGGCACUUUGGUUUGAUUCUUCACAGGGGCUUCCCUUCCCUUCCCUUCCCUGCGGUGUUGUUUGACCGCAUCGCUUUCCACCCAUUUUUGUGAAAAACUGCCGUGUUGACCUCGUCCAUUGCGUGUUUUCACGGAAUUCGGCCUCUUGUUAAAGGAUUUGAAUGAAUGACACCGUUAAUUUACAAGCUUUGCGUUGGCGCUGUGAUGAGACUUGUAACAUGGUGAAGGGAAAGCUUCAUUUGAGAGAAGAAAAAAUAAAUGGGUUAGAAGAAAUUAACUGGAAGAGAGGUGUUCUAAAGACAGAGAUGAUCCAUGGCAAGAAGCAUAUGAAUACAUCUAGCAUGGCUAGAAGUAGAAGAGAUGGUUUAGGAUCUCCAGAAUCAGAAAAAAUAUUAUUGCAGAAGAAUGACAAAAAUACACAGAAUAUUGAAAUGUCUGAAACUAAGGCUGCUUAUCCAAAUGGCAAGGCUAAUAAGUUUGAUACUCAUGAGUUCAGCUGGGUUGAGGAUAUCCCUUGCUGUCCGGUGUUCCAUCCUACAAAGGAGGAGUUCGAAGAUCCAUUGGCUUAUAUAUCGUCUAUUGCACCUCAAGCGUCCAAAUUUGGUAUUUGCAAGAUAGUGUCUCCCUUGGUUGCCUCGGUACCUGGAGGGGUGGUUUUGAUGAAAGAAAAAACUGGCUUCAAGUUUACAACUCGAGUACAACCUUUGAGACUUUCAAACUGGGAUUAUGAGGAUAAAAUCACAUUCUCCAUGAGUGGAAGGAACUAUUCCUUUCGUGAAUAUGAGAGAAUGGCAAACAAGGCAUUUGCUCGCAAGUUUUCAACUGCUGCAAAUUUGCCUACCAAGUUUGUGGAAGAGGAGUUUUGGCGUGAAAUAACUUUGGGAAAGUCAUCAACUGUUGAAUAUGCAUGUGAUAUUGAAGGAAGUGCUUUCUCAGAAUCACCAAGUGACCCGCUAGGAACCAGCAAAUGGAAUUUAAAGGACCUGUCAAGAAAUCCAAAUUCCAUGUUGCGUCUUCUUGAAACUGCUAUUCCUGGUGUGACAGAUCCUAUGCUUUACAUUGGAAUGCUGUUCAGUAUGUUUGCAUGGCAUGUUGAAGAUCAUUAUUUGUACAGCCUGAAUUAUCACCAUUGUGGUGCACCUAAGACAUGGUAUGGUGUUCCUGGCAAUGCUGCUCAUGAUUUUGAAAGGGUAGUUAGGGAGCAUGUUUAUGAUCAAGAAAUGCUUUUAGACGAAGCAGAGGGUACGCUAUACGAUUUACUUGUAGGAAAGACAACAAUGUUUUCUCCCAAGACUUUAUCUGAAUAUGGAGUUCCUGUUUACAAGGCUGUUCAAUUGCCUGGCGAGUUUGUCAUCACUUUCCCUCGAGCAUAUCAUGCAGGAUUCAGUCAUGGAUUCAACUGUGGAGAAGCUGUGAACUUUUCCACGAUUGACUGGAUUCCAUUUGGGGCAGCAGCAUGCAAGCGUUAUGAGUUUCUUAACAAGGCAGAACUUUUGCCUCAUGAGGAGUUACUCUGUAAAGAAAUGAUGAUUCUCGCUGGGGAGAAAUCAAAUUCUCAUAAAGGAGCUCAUAGUUCAUUUUCUGUGGAUUUGGAAGUGCAGCUUCAUUUGAAGAUUGCAUUUGUUAAGCUCAUAAGUUUCCAACAUCAGGUGAUUUGGUUACUAAAAAGGCUAGGGGCACAGAUAAGUUUUUCACUGGGGCACACAAGUACCACUAGGUGCUUUAUCUGCAAGCAUUUUUGCUACGUGGCAUACCAUAUGUGCCAGUGUAAUAGCCAUCCAAUGUGUCUCAAUCAUGCAAGGGAGAUUAGAGAAUGUAACUGUGGCAGCAUGCGAACUGUCUUUAUAAGAGAGAAUUUUAUGGAGAUGGUUUCUGUUGCUCAGAGAUUGGAAAAGGAAGGAAUUCUUGGUAAAGCACCAUCAAACUUACCUGUAAAAGAUCAUACGGAACGAGAUGACACAGAUUUGAGAGAAAGUUUGCUUAAUUGUGAUGACUUUGUGGGAUAUGUUCCAUACUGCCAUAUAGAUUUGGAGGAACGCACUUGCCUAAAGAAAAACCUAACUGGUGAAAGUAGCAGCAGCUGUGAGCCACUAUUUCAGAGAAAACGACAUUUGGAAAGCACCAUCUCUUCAGGAAUAGAUGGUGAUGCAUGUACAUCCAAUAUUUCUCAUAUAAAGGAGCCAUCAAAUGUUUUAAAACAAGGCACUGUUGUGCGGUCUUUGAAGAAGUUGCAUGACAAUAUCUACAGUGAAUCAGAGCAUGGAAAAAAGUUGAUUCUCCCUAGCAGAGGGAGGAUCUGGGAUAAAUCCAGCUUGGUUAGGCACAGUCCUCUUACUGUGCAAAAGAAUUCUUUGGAGGAGCGAGCUCAGGGGUUUGCUAAUUCUACUACAAAUUUAGAUGGCAAUGAACACCAAAGGAAUGAUGAUUCUGAGUGUGAGGCAGACAGAGUAAAGUGUCGCCGUAUAUCAGCUCCAAAGAAAAAGAGUUUGGGAAAAACUAUUGCAAGAUUGAAUGGUUCGGAGCAACAAUUGAGUGAACAUGACGUAAAACGGGACAAUAAAAUUUGUGGCUUGCUUCAAAGUCCAGAUGGGAGAUAUUUGCUUCUGAUUUCUGAUAUACUAUCAGAAAUUAAAGUAGAAGCUUCACCUUUCAAGAUUCUCGGUAAGUGGAAAUCAAAGGCAAUAUCCAAAGGAUUGGAUCUGAAGGCACAUCGGGUUGAUAUUCAAUCGGUAUCUGGCUUUGAUAAGGUUGAUCCUAAUAAGCAAUGGGGACUAUCCCACAAGGGAUGCAUUCAGUUAAAAAAAGUCCUACAAGGACAAGAAGCUCAUUUAUUGGAGCAGUUGAUAGAGAAGACAUUUUGUAAACUCAUUCCUGCUACUAAAAUCACAGGCCAAGCCUUAAAGUCCACAAAACUAAAUGGCAUUUCAGGCAAGAAAAGAGAUUUUGAUACUAUGAACAUCAUUUCUAACACAGAGGACAGUAAAAUGUUAGACGGUAAGGAUACCACUAAUGUGUCAAAAGUGUCAGAAGUAUCCACAAAGAAGUCUGCUCAACUCAAGAUGAAAAAUCCUGCUAUUGAUCAAUCUUCCACCAGAAAGUGUGAAGAACUUCCAGACAAGGAAGUGAAGGAUGCUUACCAGAGUAACGUUGACAAGUUUUCAUCAUCUGCCACCAACCAGGAAAAGAUUAGAUCAGUUCGCAGGAGAAUUAUCAAGGAAUCAAUGCAAGCACAUGGAAAGAAUGAAAAGAAGUUAGAGGAAAAAGAGCAGCUGAAUUUGGUAGUUGAAAAUAUGAAAUCCCAAAUGAAAGAACAGAGGAUUUCAAAAAUGCUGACUAUUUUAACAGAUGAAAGUCUCCAGGAGAUUCCAUUCUCUACCAAUAUGGUUUUCAAGUCAGACAUAGACACUGGUUUAAAAGUAAGAAAUAGAAAGAACUCCUUAACUGACAAUAAGGGGAAUGACAUGGAGGAAAAAAGCUCUGGAAGCCUAUCUGUGCAAGGAAUAGAAUGCACAAAUCAAUUUAUCUUGGACAAAUAUAAGCAGCCUGAGCAGGAUAAGUCAUCUAAUAAGGACAUAAAAAUCAGGAAGGAAAUGACAACAAAAAAUUGUAGAAGUCCAAAUUCAAGAGAAUUGAAUGGUGAACUAUUGGAUGUAGACGAGGUAAAUUUUGAAAAUAAAAAAGAUAACAAAAGGGUUAAGAGGCCUAUUCCAGAGCACUCAAAAAGUGAUACUGGUACAGUAUUUGAAAGAACAGCGUCUCCUUACAUCAGUCGUCUGAAAAUCAAAGGUCCAUCUCUGCCAGAUAUUUCUGAAGCUAUUUCUUCUGUAGACAACAAAGUUCACCAAGAUUUGACCGACUUCAGCAUAAUUCCAGCUGUAAGUUCUUUCGCCGAAGGAUGUGAUAGCCAGGUGGUGAUACCAAAGAACAACAAUGAAGAGGAACACAAUCAUCCUCAGAAAGCAGGGAAUAAUGUAAAGAUAUACAUGCAUGAACGAGUUGAUAUCAAUAUGGAGAGAGAGAAACAGACUCCAAGAAGUUUAGUUAAUACUGAUAUGUAUCCAAGUGGUUUUAACUCAGAUCCAGGCUCUACAAAAUCAACAUUUUCAAAUUGGGACCAUGAGGAUAAAAAUAAGGCACAAUUAAAAGAAAAUCAUUGGGCAAGAUCACCUCUGCAAAAGCCAAGAGUUACAAAACAUAAUGGCUCCGCUAACGCCAAUGCAUCAAACUAUGGUUCUGAACUAGGCAGCCCUAUUGGGAUUGGGGUUCAAAAAUUCCGAAAGCUUUCAAACCAUUAUACUGGUGGGAUGAAGAUUGGUUGCCAUAUUAAUAAUUCAGAUGCCUCAAGUGGGUCUUCAGUUAUGUUACCUCAACAUGGGUUCUCUGCAAAUUCUGGGUGUGGUGGGCCUCAAGUUAACAAACAAGAGUGCUCAGGCAAAAUAAAGGGAUCUAGAUUUAGUGACAUGCAUAGCUCAGCUGUCAAACAUCAAAAAUUUCCAAGAUAUAUGGAUGGUAAAAAACAUGAUAACUGGAAGCUGACACAAGAAACUAAGUAUUCAAAUUCACAAGCAAGAUCACUGUCUCGAAAUCCAUUUGAUAAUGCUUCAGCUUCAAGAAAAUGGCCAAGCGGUUGGAGAGAGUUGGAGUGGAAGGAUCAGCUUCUCCAGGUGCAAGAUACGAAUUUAGUUCAGUCAGGUUAUGAAUAUGACAGUUCGAACUUGCAAAAACAUUUUCACAGGACCGAGUUGGAGCAGGGAAUUUCUUCUCAAUUAGAAGGGCCCUACAAAGAGGAAACUGCAGAGGUGCAAGUAAGAUCAUUCAGAAACAAUUGGGGGGAUGUGGCUUCCAGUUCACUUAAGGAGUGCCAAAGCUUAGAGCCAUCAAUAGAUGGAAACUAUUUUUCUGGAAGACAAGUUGAAGAUGCAACUCCAGAUGCUCCUUUUACAUUUAGACGUAAGGUCUAUGAUAGAUCUGGAUCAUUUAAGAGGGGUUUAGAGGGGCAUCAACCAAUUACACUAGCAAGCUCUAGUUUUCUCAGCUCAACAGAACAGACAACAGAUGGUAAUUCAAAAGGCAUCAGAGAAAAUUUUGUGUUAGACUUUGACAACAAAAGCAUCUCCUACCCAUAUUCUCCACGUUCUUCUGGUCUAGAUUAUCCAAAGGAAACAAAGGCACUAAAAGCAAUUGCAGCUAAUGAUAACUCUUUCCCAGUACAACCUGAUUCAAUAUACUUUGGUCCUCAAAGAGAGGAUUAUCGAACAUCUCUCAGCACAAAUGAACAGGAGAUGAACCACAAUAAUUGGACUGAGUUGUCCCUGUGUCAGAUGAGUCCUGUCAGUCCUCAUGUUGGUUCCUUUUUUACCGAGAGCAAAAACAUAUCAACUGUAAACAGGGAUGAUUGGUCAAGUCAUCGGAACUGCAUUUUAAAUAACAGCAAGGAUAAUGGAAUGCAUAAUUCUGGGGUAGUCAAGAAUAUUCAUCCAGAUCCACAUCAGAUAUGUUCCACUUCAGAGUAUUCUGCAUUGCAAUUUGAUAAUGGUGCCGAUCGAGAGAUUAUCGGAGAGAGUUCUAGACUAAUUGAUUGUACAAAAGAAUCCCAAGCUCAAACAGACUAUAGCCAGGCCAACGUCUUAUGGUCAGAUGCGAGACCAUCCACAUUAGAGGAAGAAAGUGAUUUUGCAAUUGAUCUGCAGCCUUCUAACAAGAGCUUGCAUUACCAGGAUGCAUUGUCAGCAAAAGUGGACUCAGCAGAAAAUGGUUACUGGCCAUCUUUUGUUAGCACCUCAAAGAAGCAUGGAGAACAGUUAACACAUCAGCAGCUUCUAAUUGAAAAGUGGGGUAGAGCUUGAUCCAAAUCUGAUGCCUUGCUAGGUUAUUACAUACUGACAGAAGUCUUUAUGUAUCGGCAACCUAAUUCUACAUGACAGCAACAUUGAUUUUUUUCCAUUCAUUGCAACGACUACCAGCUUGAAAGGGUCAAGAGAAGUAGCCUUUUCGAUUGCUUCUUGGCAGUUAAUUUUGCUAUUCAAGUCAGUUAAAUUGUGGACUGACACUAGAACUCAUCAUCUUCCAGAAUGCCAUGGCGAAGACAAGAAGGGUUUCAUCACCUCAUAUCAUCCUCUGUUGGAAUGAUGUGGGAGAAGUCAGUGGAUUAUCAGAAAAUGGGACCUGAUGUCGUGGCAUUAUGAACGAUUUACAAAUGAAAAAUUUGUCCAAGGAUAAUUUUUCAAUUGCCCAAUGAGAGAGAUCCGAGAAUGGCUACAAGACCUGCUGACCAUGCUGUACAAUACAUUAAUUGAUUCUUUCAUUUUUGUUAUAAGCUUGAUGACUACAAUGCUCUUAUUUUGUUUAUAAGCAUUGAAUUCAAGGUUAUCAGGCUUAAAAAAUAUUCUUCUAUCAGAAGGUGCUACGUGCUACGGCACUUGGGUGUGAAACUGGGAAUAAUAAAGAUUACCCUGAUAGAGAUGACUUUUGCUUGCCAGCUUCCCAUUUUUGCUGGCAUAAAAGAUGAACGCGUAGUGAAGCAAAAUUCACAUUUAUAUUAGUGUCCUUUAUCUUUUUUAUUUCUCAA